CGGACGGGACCCUAGAGGGCCGGACAGGCCCGGGGUCGGCGUCCGGGGUCCGGGGCUCGGGGUCCGGCGUCCGGUCCGGGGCGGGGAUGGCCCCCCUCCGGGCGGGACAGUAGCGGGAGCCGGCCCGGACAUGGAGGUGGUGGACGAGACCGAGGCGCUGCAGCGCUUCUUCGAAGGCCAUGACAUCAAUGGGGCGCUGGAGCCCUCCAACAUCGACACCAGUAUCCUGGAAGAGUACAUCAGCAAGGAAGACUCCCCAGACAUCUGUUUCCCGGACAUCCCGGGCCCGGCUGGCUACCCGCAUCCCCAGCCCUCUGGAUCGGCUGCCGGUCCUCUCGCAGCCCACGGGACUUCCCCUGGCUCCGGGGGCGUCCACCAUCUGAGCUCCCAGGGUGGAGGACCCUCACCAGGACGCCAUGGGCCACCUCUGCCCCCGCCACCCUGCGGGCCCGGCUACAGCGGCCACCUCAACUGCAACAACAACAACGGGCUGGGGCCCAAGGGCUUCCUAGGGGGCCACUGCCUGAGCGGCGGGGGGCCCCCAAUCAAGGCGGAGCCCAAGGCACCCUACGCCCCGGGCACGCUCCCCGACUCUCCCCCGGACUCAGGCUCUGAGGCCUACUCCCCCCAGCAGGUGAAUGAUUCCCACCUCCUGCGCACGAUGACCCCCGAGAACAUGUGCCACAUCAGCAUCUCCUCCCGCCUGGAGCCCCCCCUGCCUCCUCCCCCACCUCACCUGCCCGGUCCGCCUCCCCCUCCCCACCCCCACCAGCCCCCCCCACUGCACCCCCCCCACUACCCCGGCCUGCAGAGGGAUCUGUAUAUGAAGGCCGAACCCCUGCUGCCCCCCUUUGCCAUGGGGCAAGGCCUGGCCCCCGGAGACCUCCAUCACGCCCAGCAAACCCAGAUGCUUCACCAGCUACUGCAACAGCACGGAGCAGAGCUCCCCGUGCACCCCAGCAAGAAGAGGAAGCAUUCGGAGUCGCCCCCCAACACCCUCAGCGCCCAGAUGCUCAACGGCCUGAUCAAACAGGAGCCCGGGACGGGGGUCUCCCUGCCCCUCCAUCCUGCCAGAGCCCCGACGCCUCCCUGGAGUCAACAAGGGGCGUCCUCACCAGGACCGGGGGUCCUGCCCCUCCACGCCGCCAGAGCCCCGACACCCCCCUGGAACCAGCAAGGGGCCCUCUCGCCAGGCCUCAUGCAGGACAAUGACAGUUUGAACGGCUCCUACCUGGACCCCAACUACCAGUCCAUCAAGUGGCAGCCCCACCAGCAGAACAAGUGGGCCUCGCUGUACGAUGCCAGCUACAAGGAACUACCCAUGCCUACCUACCGAGUGGACGCGGACAAGGGCUUCAACUUCUCUGUGGGGGACGAUGCCUUCGUGUGCCAGAAAAAGAACCACUUCCAGGUGACGGUCUACAUCGGUAUGCUGGGGGAGCCCAAGUACGUCAAGACCCCCGAGGGUCUCAAGCCCCUCGAUUGCUUCUACCUGAAACUACACGGAGUCAAGCUGGAGGCCUUGAACCAGUCCAUCAAUAUUGAGCAGUCUCAGUCAGACCGGAGCAAGCGGCCCUUCAAUCCUGUCACGGUCACGCUGCCCCCAGAGCAGGUCACCAAGGUGACAGUGGGGCGACUGCACUUCAGUGAGACCACAGCCAACAACAUGCGCAAGAAGGGCAAACCCAAUCCUGACCAAAGGUACUUCAUGCUGGUGGUGGCCCUGCAAGCACAGGCCCAGAACCAGACCUACACCUUGGCUGCCCAGAUCUCCGAGCGGAUCAUCGUCAGAGCCUCAAAUCCAGGCCAGUUCGAGAGCGACAGCGAUGUACUGUGGCAGCGGGCCCAGCUGCCCGACACUGUCUUCCACCACGGCCGGGUGGGCAUCAACACCGACCGGCCGGACGAGGCCCUGGUGGUCCACGGCAACGUGAAGGUCAUGGGCUCACUCAUGCACCCCUCGGACAUCCGGGCCAAGGAGCACGUGGAGGAGGUGGACACUACAGAGCAGCUGAAGAGGAUCUCCCGCAUGCGGCUAGUGCAUUACAACUACAAGCCCGAGUUUGCUGCCAGCGCGGGCCUCGAUGCUGCUCCUGAGACAGGGGUCAUCGCCCAGGAGGUGAAGGAGAUCCUCCCCGAAGCAGUGAAGGACACCGGGGACAUGGUCUUUGCCAACGGAAAGACCAUCGAGAACUUUCUGGUGGUGAACAAGGAGCGGAUUUUCAUGGAGAACGUGGGGGCCGUGAAGGAGCUGUGCAAGUUGACCGACAACCUGGAGACACGCAUCGACGAGUUGGAGCGCUGGAGCCACAAGCUGGCCAAGUUGCGGCGUCUGGACAGCAUGAAGUCCACAGGCAGCUCGGGGGCCUUCAGCCAAGCCGGCAGCCAGUUCAGCCGGGCAGGGAGCGUACCCCACAAGAAGAGGCCCCCCAAACUGGCCAGCAAGGCCCCCUCGGUUGUCCCGGAGCAGGCCUGCAUCAGCCAGCGUUUCCUGCAGGGCACCAUCAUCGCCCUGGUGGUUGUCAUGGCCUUCAGUGUCGUGUCCAUGUCCACGCUGUACGUGCUGAGCCUGCGGACCGAGGAGGAGGUGAUAGACACAGAUGGUUCUUUCGCUGUGUCCACUUCCUGUCUCCAGGCCCUUCUCCGGCCCCAGGACUCUGGGGGGGCUGUGGCUUUGUGCCCGUGGUCAAGCCAGAGUUAUGGGACCACACAGGUGCGCCUGUCCACCUCCUCCCUGGGCCCUGCUGUCAGGCCCUUUUCCCAACAGCCUGUCACCCUGACCUCGCCAAGCUCUCCCCCCGAAGUGGCCAUUCCCCACUUGAGCCUGUGCCCCAGUCCCCGCUGCCCGGCCGUCUGCUGCUCCCUGCCUACCCCCAGCGCCACCCCCGGGACCGGCCUCAGUGCCAACCGCUCAGACCAGAGCCAGACCUCACUGCUGCAAGUCCCCAACAUCCGAGCCAAAUCCUGGGGCCUCCCGGGCAAUGGGAUCUCCCACGUCAAACGCCCCAAGAGCCUGGAGCGGGGCAUCGGAAGGGGUCCCCCAGCCAGCCCCUCGGCCCCCUUCACUGGGGCUCAGAGCAAGACCAAGAACAGCCCCAACCUGUCCUUUCCCGCCCGCGCCCCCCGCAGCGCUCCCCAGCCCAGCCCGGCCUGGGCCCCGGUCCAGCCCACCAGCCCCUCCGCCCAGCACGACCUGCCUCCUUCCCUGAGCUCCAUCCGGGUCCUGGAGAACUCGCUGCCCAUCACGUCCCAGUACUGUGCAGCGGGCAAGGCCUGCAGGCCGGGGAACUUUACCUAUGGAAUCCCCAUCAGCAGCACGACCCCCCUGCACCUCGGCCUGACCCUGGAAAUGAAUGCCUCCUCUCCCGUGUCGGUGGUGCUGUGUGGCCUCGUGUCCCAAGAGACUCCCUGUGAGGAGGGGAGCCAUCCCUACAGCCUCCCAGACACCCCAGACACCCAGGGCACUUCUCACCAAUGGGCUGUAGCUCUCCUACCUUUCCGCGAGUUCACCUACCAUUUCCGGGUGGCACUGCCGGGCCAGGUCAGCUGCAGCUCAGAGCCACCCGUCGGCCCCGUCGGCGACUACUACUUCCGCUUCUACCGGCUGUGCGACUGAGCCGGACCCCCGCGGCCCCCCACCCUGGGCAGUGCCCACGUGACACUGGAGCGGGGCAGGGUGGACCCAUCCCUCCCCGGGGCCCACCCCAAGCCCAGCCUCACCGACACUGUAGCCCUCGGGGAACACACUGGAAUUCCUGCUGGAGACCGAAGCCGGGCAACUAGGCCCGGAUCUGGACAAACUGGAAGUUCUUUACACUGGAGUUGCUGUUCCUGCUGGUUGUUCUGGCCAGACCCCCCUUUCCACUGCUCUCUCAUCAAAGGGGGGUGUCCGGCAGGGGGGGGGGACCCAGCCCCUUCCCCUUAAGAAGCCUGCACCCCUCCUCCUCCAGAGCCUGGUGGACAGACUCACAUCUGCCCGGUUGUGGGAGGCGUACAGGAGGGUGAGAUGACCAUACCACUGUCUGAUUUUCUCUACUCCCUCCCCUUUUUAGCUUUGAGCCGCCCCCUGCCCUGCGGCUUCACCCGUGGCCUCCCCCAGCCCUAGCAACUUGGCCGGGGCCCAGAAAGGGCAGCAGGGUUAUGGCUGGGACCCCCGAUACCCACCAGGCUGUCCUCUGGGAGGCAGCCGGUGACCCUUCUGGGGUUUUUCUGUUACGUCCGAUAUGAACUACUGAGCUGUGAGGCUGGAGUGGUAGGGUGGCAGGGGGGUGGUCUCUCUGCACUCCUUCUCUUCUGCCACCCUGCCUCCAGCCCCCGCCCCCAAGGUGCCUAAUACCUGUAGAGAAGCCCUAGUCGGGGGUCUGGUCCCGGGGGCGAGCAGGGCAGGGCUGGAGGUGUGGGGGUGGCCCGGACUGAGUCCCCACUCCCAAGCCCCACGGCGCUGGAUGAAUGAAGAAGGGCUCAGCCCGGUCCUAAAAGCCUCUCUGGGACACGUCCAGUUGGUCCUAGGUUGAAGGCGGCGGCAGUCCCAGAGCCUCUGUGGUCAGCCCCUGGGGCAGCUUCUCAGGCACCGCCUCCCCUUUCUGCCUCAGUCUCCCCUCUGUUUUGACCUACUAGGCGGCUGGGUGAGACCGUGGGGUGGGAGGGCAGCAGGCCAAGACGGCCCCCGGAGGCAAUUGAGUUUUCUGUUGUUACUGAGCGACUUACUCAAACGCACUUGAACUGCGGCCAGGGCGGGAUGGAGAAGCCCAGGGCCCUUGGGAUGACGCUCGCCUGGAAGGCGGGGUUCUGAACCCUCCCGUCACCCCAGGAUGACUAUGGGGCUGCAGCCCCCACCCCUUCUUCCAUGCUCAAGCCAGAGGAGUCAGAGGGGGCCACGGAAAAGCAGCGUCCAGUAGCCCCUGGCUAAGGGACGCCCUUCGCACCCAGGCUUUUCCCUGCGAG